ACCACAAGAAGAAGAAGAAGUUAAACCCAGCUGCAGCGUCGGGCGUGAUUGCAGAGGCGCGUGGAGCGUGGGGGAGUGACAGGAUUUCGUUGAUUUUGGACUGCUGGAUCAACUUUCCUGCUCCAGUUGCCUGAUUGAUCUGCUCACCUGCUGUUUGGUUGGCUUUUUGUGCGGUUUGCACCGGCAGCCCAGAAAGCCCUGAUGCAAACGAACACAAUCCCUGAUAACAGUGGCUGACCUGUGCCCUUGACAGCAGAUUCCCUGCACAAGGCCACCUAUUCUGGAUAAGUACAGAGACUGGGUAAUAAAAAUGUCCAAUCCAUUUUACAAUGUCUUUGUGGCCGGGCAAUCAAGUUCUAUCCAAGGGGAACAAUUGCUUGUCGACGAACAACCGCAGAGAGACCUGUCGACUGGAUUACCUCAUUUACAUUCUGAACCUAGCCUCUGCUUCUCUGGAACUACCUCUCUGAAAAGUGUUGGAUUAGCUACUUCAAUGACUCAUGGGUCUGAAAAUAAUGCAGCCCGGUUGGAAGGAACAACGACUGCUUCAAUCUUCAGUUGUACAAGUGAUGGAUUUAACUCCUCAAGUGCAGAAUUUUUGGCAACCUCUGACGGAAAGAGACAUUCUGAUGUUGACUGUGACAAAAGUCUCUUUAAUUUGUCAUCAAACCCCACAAGUGAUGCUUCUUCAAAAUCCAUUGCAGAUUUGAAUGUUGGUGGCACUAACAUUGUGGACCAAUCAGAUCUGCCUGACUUGAACGAUCUUGCAAUCACGCGACAAGCAGCUGCCAAGAUCCUAAUUAAUUAUGGACUUGAAAAAGAGGACCUAGAUGAGCUUAUAUUAUGCCCUGCUGAACAGACCACUGCUCAGAACCUACCACGCACCCUUUGGAAAAUACGCAUGAAAAAGGCAAUGAGAGCUGCAACAGAGAACAAGUCACCACUGUACAGUGAAGCCCCUUUUCCCUCAAGAGAUUAUGGACUGGAUGCUGUGAGUGCUCCUGAAGGAGAUGGAACUGGUCAGGCCCCAGUGCCUCCAAACACUGGUCAAUCAAGGGAAGUAAUUGACAGUGGACAUCUUGAGAAAUACACUGCAGUGGUGGACAAAAAUAUGGAUAUUACUGAUAGUGCAGUAAAAAGUGGCGAUGUGUUGCACAAUGAAAAGUUCAGUAAACAACCACCACAAGAAGGUAGAACACUUGUGAAAAGCAGUGUUUUGAAUUUAUUGGUCACCAACGUUGGUUUAAAAAGGAACUCUGAGACCCCUUUAGGCAGUGGUUCAGUUAAACUGCUACAAAAUGAACCAAACAGCAGUUUAACCAAAUCUAAAUCUGAAGUCUCAAAAUCCUCUUUGUUGGAAAAACUUGAUCCCACAGUAGAACCCGGUUAUGGUUCAUUUACUGAGAUAAUUCCCAAACCUGACUGGAUAUCAAUGAAGGGCAAUGCUAUAAGCUUUGCAAAUAGUCAAAUGGAAAUUCAAGAUGAAGUGCCAAAGUUCACAGUGAAGUCCAUGGAACAACCACCACAACAUCUACUCCAAUCACAUAUAGUACAGACUGUAGUGUCUCAGGUUGUUCCUGCUUACAAACCAGUUUCUUUUCCUUAUUUUAAUUUUCCUGCAAGGAAUGACUCACCUUUCCCACAGUCUGUGACUCGUCCUUGCUCCAGUGUUCAUCUUUCCCCUCAGCAAGUAUUGGAUCCAGCUAAAACCAAUGAAAAACCAUCUCUGGAAAAGUCUACCGCCAAGAGUCCACCAUCAGUGACCAUGAUGCAUGAUUUUGCUGGGUUCACACCAAGCAAGUUCCCUCAUACCUGUUCUUUGUGUAAGAAAACAUGUUCUCAAAUGAAGGAAUGGAUAUCCCACAAAAAUACAAGCCUUCAUCUCAAGAACUGCAAAGACCUUCGAGAACAUUCUUCUUCUCCUCAAGAUGAUUGGACUUUUACUUCACGUAAUCAUUCAUGUUCAAAGAGCCUUGAGAGAGACUGUUCACCGAGAAGAAGUGAAAAAAGUAGAUUGUCACCAAGAAGAAGCAUAGAGCGACACCCUUCGCCAAGGAGAAGCAUAGAGCGACACCCUUCGCCAAGGAGAAGCAUAGAGCGACGCCCUUCGCCAAUGAGAAGCAGAGAUCGGUGCCUUUCACCAAUGAGAAGCAGAGAACGACGUCUUUCUCCAAGGAGAAGCAGAGAGCGACGUCUUUCUCCAAGGAGAAGCAGAGAGCGACGCCCUUCGCCAAGGAGAAGCAGAGAGCGACGCCCUUCGCCAAGGAGAAGCAGAGAGCGACGCCCUUCGCCAAGGAGAAGCAGAGAGCGACGCCCUUCGCCAAGGAGAAGCAGAGAGCGACGGUCUUCGCCUAGGAGAAGCAGAGAGCGACGCCUUUCGCCUAGGAGAAGCAGAGAGCGCCGCCUUUCGCCAAGGAGAAGCAAAGAGCGACGGCCUUCGCCAAGGAGAAGCAGAGAGCGACGCCCUUUGCCAAGGAGAAUCAUAGUCCGACGAUCAUCAUCAAGGAGUAGUAGUGAGCGAGAGUCUUUGCCAAGGAGAGGCAUAGAGCGGCGGUCUUCCUCUAGGUCUAGUAUAGAGCGAUGGUUUUCUCCAAAGAGAAGCAAAGAGCGACGAUCUUCAUCAAGGAGUAGUCGAGAGCAAGAGUCUUUGCCAAGGAGAAGCAGAGAACGGCGGUCUUCAUCAAGGAUUAAUGAAGAGAAACGUCUGUCACCAAGAUUGAGCCAUGAACGAUCAACUUCUCCAAAGAGAAUAGAGGAAGGAUAUUUACUCGAGAGUAGUCGAUCAUCUCAACAGAAGAAAGAUGGGAAACCGUCAUCUUUGACAAAGAUUUGUAAGAGAAAGGCAUCUCUCCCAGAGCCAUCGUCUUCACAGAAGAAGCCAUGCUCUCUUGAAAACCUGACCGAGAGACUCCUUAAAGCACCAGUCGUUCAGUCCCUUUCAGGACAGCCGAAUGUGGAAGACAUGGUCAAAACUGUGAUUCCCGUUGUCCUGGAGGAACUUGCUAGAAUGAGUUCCUCAUCAUCUUUAUCGUCACCAACAUCUUUAUCCAAAUUAAUAAAAGACUCUUCUGGAGAAAGUAUGAUUUCAUUGGCUGGUUCCACAUCUUCUCCCUCCAGUGCAGUAAAGGUGGAGAAAAGUACAAAAAUGGGGUCCAGUCCUCUGCAAAAUAAGAAUAGUUCUUCAGUAAAGUCUAAGUACAGCAAACCAUCCCCUCCAACCAUGGUAAAGCUCAAAGGAACUUUUGAUACUCUUUGUCACAGUGAUUUGAUUUCUGCUAUGGACAUCUUCGGAAAAACCAAAUCAGUUCUCCUUUUCAAGUCGAAGCAAGAGGCACGUGUGUGUUUUGAGAAAGAGGAAGCUGCUUUGAAACUUAAAGCCUCACAGAACUUUGAGAUCAAAGGAGUAACAGUGACUGUUGUUCCAGAAAAGGAUGUUGUGUUUGACAAGCCAACACAAACAAGUACACUGGAGCAGACAAAUCCUCAGCUAAACUCUUUAGAUCGAAGUGUGAACACUUCUCAGAUGACCUCAACAGUCCUUUCGUUCAAAAAACUUUUAUCUUUGCCAGAGAAAUCCCAACCCAUCUCAACAGGCAAACCGACGACAAAAGCAACAUCUACGAUUGUCAAAGAAAACACUGGCCCCACCAAGAAGACAGUCAAAUGUAUAAAAACAAAAAGUAUAAUUAACAAAGCACCCAUUGACUCAGCUGUGGUUAAAACAGAGCCGUCAAUGGAGCAAGAGGAGCGUUCAGAAACGGAAGACUCCAAACAGGAAAUGCCAGAAAGCGCUGAAGAAAAUGUUUUGUCACACAAAAAAACUCCCCAGACUGAAAAACCAGCAGAUGUCAUUGUUACCAAACUAAGCAAAGAGGUCCUGGCUUCCAAAGCAGAAAUCGCUUCAGCAACUGAACAGAUAAAUUGUUCAGCUACGAAGGAAAAGCUUGAGGAACCUCCCAAAUGUUCUACAGUGGAAAAUCUGCCUAUAAAAAGCCCAGAGAACCAGAUUAAUCUGUUACAUCCAGCCCACAGUAAGGACAAAGAUGGAAUGAACGCUAAAAAGGAAAUGUCUGAAUCUACCGUGUCACAAUCUCAACCAGUUCCCUCUGAGGUCCAGGUGGAAACAUCUGAAACCAAAGAUCAAGAACCCAUUGUAGAAGCUAGAGACACAACUGAGGCUAUUCAAACAAAAGAUGCAGCAGCUUCUGAAAUGAAGGAUCAUGCAGAACUUCCUGAAGUUGCUGUAGAAGCAAAAGAUGUUUCAGAGUCGGAACAAGAAGAGAAAGCUCGAGAAUCUGAACCAAAACCCAAAGUUGAAACAUCUGCUGUAGAUGAAGAAGGAAAAAAGACCGACCCAGAUUCUUUACCAUCUAAGCCCAAUAAAAUUCCUCCACUGACCAGCACCCUUGAGUCCAAACUGGAUGUGCCCUCAACUGAUCCAUGUAUGAAACCAGAGGACAACCAGCAGGAACGUCCUGAAACUUCAGUCAAAGCUGCAACAGCUCCAGAAUCCAGUGGAAACCAGUCAGCCUCAGCUGAAGCGAAGAUGAAUGUAGGAGUGGAGGCAAAAACACACGAAACAGCAAAGAUCCAGGAGACUCCCGCAUCAGUGUUCUCCAGCAACAUCCCGACUUCAAUUUCUGCAUCUGCUAAAACCCAACAGAAACGGAGAACCCUCCCUAAGAACAAAAGUGUGCUGCUGCGCCACCAUCAAACUAAUAUUGACUCAUACUUUACGCUACAAAAAAUUAAUUGUAUCCAGCCCUCACAGAAUGUGUUUUCCAAAAGUCUUUCCCUUAGUUCAACACUGGUGUUAAUAACCAACCUGCCAAAACAACACGACUGCCCUUACACAGAGGAGGAGGUGGUUAAUUUUCUCUGCCAGUUUGGAUUCAAGUAUGCACAUGACAACAUCUACAUCUUUGCUCGGAAGUGCAUGGCUCUAGUCCUCAUGCCCAAUAGGUGGGCGGUGAAUGACAUCAUAAAAGCCUCGCGUUCCAGUCGCUUGGCCCUGGGGAAAAGUAAACUCAACGCUUCUGUCGUGACGAGUAACAUUUUAAUGUCGCCGCUUGGAUUUUAUAAAUCUGUUUUGAAAAUGACGCCCUUUUCUUUAACCGAUGACGAGAGCGUGGUCUAUAUCCAGGAAAUCUCUCCAAGCGAAACUGAGGACCUCAUUACAGUUUUGAAACAAAUUGGCUCUGUAAUUAACUACCUGCCCCUUGUGAACAAGAUUUUUAUUGAGUUUGAGACGAUGUAUGACACCGACCGGCUGGGAGUCUGGUACAGCCUCCUGAAGAGAAGGCGUGGCCACAAAGUCUGGAGGCUGAAAACGCCACGAUUCACCUCAGCGCCUAUACCACCAAGAUUUCCAAUGAAAGCUUUACCGAAGAAUGAAGAAAUCAUUGAUGGCGCCGCCAUUGUACCCUCAUCGGACACCGUUCCACCAGGCAGCGCGCCACCAUUCUGGGUCACCAUGACGACCAGUCCCUAUGUUUUCCCCACUGUUAGCCCUUGGUUCAAUAUACCAGCUUUUCUGACAGUCCAAGACCUGAAUGACAUAAUCAAAGCGUCCAAUGAGGCCUCAGCAUUUUCCACAGUCAUGUUGACCGGUUUCCCUGAAGGAAACUACACGCAGCAGGACGUCGCUAAACUGGUGGAGCCUUACUUUCCCAAAGACGAUCCUCACGCUCUGAACCACAACCUGGUGAUUCUCCCACUGCAGAGGAGGGCCUUUGUGUGCUUCUGCAGCUGGGAUGUCUGCUGCCGUUUCAUCCAAGAUCACAUGGAGAGCCCAGUUUCUAUCCGUGGCUGCAAACUCCAGCUCCACCUGGUCUUAGAGGACCUGCAGCUGGGAUCCAGUGAGGAUCUUGUUUACAAAACUUUAAUGAAGUGGAGCCACAUUUACGUUUCAGAUCUGGACGGUCUGGAGGAUCGGCUGCUGUGCGUGGAGAUCUCUGAAGCAAAGCUGGGCCUCAUCAAGGGGGUCGUGACGGAGAUGGCAUCCGCUGCUGCCUUAGUCAACUUCCUGCCGCUUGCCAACAAGAUUUGGGUGGAGAUGCUCGAAACGUCCGGUGUGGCAGAGGUGAUGGAGAAGCUUUUUUCAAUGAAAGAAUCAUCCAAAGACCAAUUAUGGAGCAAGGUUGGACGUAUUGACACUUUGAAAAGCUUGAAAGAGCGCUCCAACAUUGCCAGCAAAGUCCCGAUGGACCUCACGGUCGACGAUGGACAUCCAGCUGGAACAACCGACGUUCUUCCAGCCGCCUCUGAGUCCACUGAUGCUGGUUCUGCUGAACCAGCAUCUCCCGGAGACGAGGCCACUGCCCCCACCUCAACCGAUGCUGCCGCUGCGCCCCAGAAGGAGCAGGGCCGUAACGAGCAGCCGCAGACCCCAGGAAAUACUCCGGUUCCAGGUCAAAUCCAGCAGAACACGGCCCCAGAACCACAGGCUCCUGUGGAAAGACUGAAGACAGAAGGAGGGGCUUUGAAAGAGGAGCAGCGGGCUGCAGGAGGCCCAGCUGAAGCUGCUUUGGAGGCCAAACAAGCCCCAACGCACGAAAAAGAUGCGGCUGCCAGAAAGAUGCAAACUGACGCCGCGUCUGAAGGGAUCUGCAGCAAACCCCCUGCAUCGGCCACCACGGCAGAAAUAAGCCGGCCGCCGCUCCCCAACGUUUUCACAGCGACCGACGAUCCGUCUCUGACCGCCGGCGAGAAGAUGGGAACGCUUCUGCGUCUACAGCACAUCUCCUGUCUCAGUGAGGAGUCCAUCAAGAAGUCAAAGUACUUCUGCAUUCAGAAACGGCUGGUUUUAAUCACCAACCUGCCAGAGUUCCACAACGACGGCUACGCGGAGGCCGACAUCUCCCGCCUGCUGCAGAACUUUGGGUUUCAGUACGACGACACGCACCUCUACGUGAUUCCACAGUCACGUAUGGCUUUUGCACUGAUGCCAAGCUGUCGAAGCGUUCAGAAGCUCAUCAGAGCAGUAGAAACGAAGCCGUUGACGCUCCGGGGGUGUCAGCUCCGCCUGCACGUCGUCACCAGUAACAUGAUGAUGAGUCCCUUUGGGUUUUAUAAAUCUCUGAUGGCGCUGAUCAAUGUCCAAGUGAUUGAUGACGGUGCGAGUACGAUCUACAUCAACAACAUCUCUCCCAGUGAGACCUGGCUUUUGCGGGGAGCUCUGCUGAAGAUGAACUCGGUUAAAAACUACCUGCCUCUCCUCAACAAGGUCUUCGUAGAGUUCGAGUCCAUUCGCGACGCAGACCGUCUCGGGGUUUGGCACAGCCUUCUGAAGAACUGCCCGUCUUACAGCAUCUUUAGGUUGAAGGUGCCACGAAACGACAAGACGUCCCUGCCGCCUCGGCUGGCGGCCAGAGCUCUUCCGGACCGUAAGGACGUUGUACCCGGGGCCGUCGUCCCCACAACAAACGUUGGCGUUCCAUUGGGUAGCACUGCACCAUUUUCCGUCACCAUGACGACUGCUCCCUAUGUGUUCCCUACCAUGUCUCCUUGGUUCAAAAUCCCAGAUUUUGUGACGGUCUUUGGAGUGAAGGACACCACGAAAGCUAAAUACAGAGCCUCCAAGUUCUCCACCAUCAUGUUGACCAAUUUACCAGAAGGGAACUACAGUCAUAAGGAAGUAGUCAAGCUGGUGUGGCAUUAUUUCUCCGUCCAGAACCUCCAAACCCUGUUUUACAAGGUCCUGGUUCUGCCCCUGCAGAGGAGGGCCUUUGUGUGUUUUGAGGACUGGAAUUCCUGCUGCAGGUUUGUCCAAAACCACGGCAGCGCCCCGGUUUCUGUCAGAAGCAACAAGCUGAACCUUCACCUGGUGCUGGAAGAAAUCCAGACCGGCUCCAGUGAGGAAACUUUGUUCGGGAGUUUGAUGAAGUGGAGCAACUCUCGCGUUCCAGAGCUGUCGUCGCUGGAGGAGCGGCUUCUGUGCGUCCACAUAUCUGAAGUCUCAGUGCACCUCAUCAUUUUGGUCCUGAAAACUGUGGGGGCCAUCGCUCCUUUCAUCAGUUUCCUCCCGCUGGCAAACAGGAUUUGCAUUGAGAUGGCUGAAGCUCCUGGUGUGACACAAGUGGUGAAAACCAUCUCGGACAAAUCACAGGUUGCAGAUUGGAGUAAAGUUCAGCGCGUCGAAUCCUUAAAGAGUCUGAAGCAACGUUUGAAGGAGCAGAAUGAAGUUAAAAUCACAUUGGAUAUGGACGACAGUUCCAUGAAGACCAGACCUUCAACAGGGAAAACCGGAGAUCAGACAGGUCCUUCUUCAGUUACAACGUCCAAAUCUCCAACGGUACCUUCUGCUAAACCAGCUGCAUCCACCAAAGGAGGCCCCAGUGUCAGAGAAACGAAAGAGACUUCUGCUGCUUCUAAAGCCGUUAAGCAGGAGGAACAAGCACCAACGUCUUCCAAGGUUUCUUCAGUUGCUGGUUCCACUUCUGAUAAUUCAAGCCAAACUCUGAUUAAACCCAAGGACGGAGUAGCAGAAUGUCCCCUUGUUGUCCAGGACCUCAAAACACCAACAACUACCCAGACCUCCAAGACCUGUGAGGAGCAUCUGUGUUCAGCAGGACCCCAGACAAACGAGGCAACGGCUCAAAGCUUAGAGGAUCUCAAACGUUUAGAUUCUAAAUGUCCAACAGCAGAACAUCAAUCCGCUACAACUUUGAAGCAAAAGGUGCAAGAGUUGGCCGUCCAAACCGGUGUUGCAAAUGUGAACCCUGAUUUGGAGCCACAGCCAAAAUGCUCCAAAGGUAACGCUGAAGGAAAAAAUGUUGAAAACUCUGAAUCCGGUAAGCUUGGAGAAACCGGACAGACGGAGCCCAUGGAAGUUCAAGGACCUACUACCAUGUCUGAAGACGUUUUACCAGUAGCUAGCAGUUCUUCUCAAUCAACCAAAGGUACAUCUCCAUCUGAACGCCUUACUGCUCCACCUCAGAGAUUGCCAAAUCAAAGAACUGCAGCAGCAGCUCCAUCCCCAUCGCCACACCUCGUCCCUCUGACUCUUGGGGAGCGGCUUGUCAAAUAUUUGAAACCACAGCAGCUGAUACGUCCUAAACGGAAAAAAACUAAGUUUUUCAAUCAAAAUUCCAACGUGGUGUGUUUGGCUAACCUGCCAAAGUACGAGGACCACUGCUACACAGAAGAUGAGAUCGUAGAUAUGCUGCACAAAUUCCACGUGGAGUGUGAGACGGACAACGUCUUUGUGUUUUUUGAGGCCCGCGUGGCCUUGGUUUAUCUGGCCAGCAUUGAAAAGCUUCAAUACUUCUUUUGCAUCCUAGCUAAGGGGGACCUUGUUUUGAGAGGUCAUAGAUUGGAGCCUCAAGCAAUAAGAAAUUUCAUACAGGAACCUCUGUUAGGAAUUUAUAAACACACGAUGAAGACCAUUCAUUUCGAAUCGAAGCUCCUCGGAUGCCGCAUGGUCUACAUCCAGAACAUUCCACCCAGCGACAGCGGCAAUCUGAUCAGAACCGUGAAGAACAUUUGCUGUGUGAAAAAUGUCCUGCCUCUGCUGAACAAGAUUUUCAUUGAGUGCAGUUCACCGUUGGAUGUGGAUCUGCUUGGAGUUUGGUUCGCCUCCCUGAAGAAGCACCAGCCCUACAGCGUGAACAGGAUGGGAUGGGUCUUUUCUUCUCACCGUUCAGAUCCAAUAAAGGCUGUUCUGAGCUCCACGGGGGACGUCACUGUCAUUCAAACAGUAGAAGUCAUUCCGGUUGGCACCGUUCCACCAUUCUGGAUCACCAUGAUCAUAGAACCAUAUUUGUUCUAUGCUAUGUCCCCGUGGUUCAAGAUCCCAGGGUUUUGGACUCUCAAUCCAAAAAUAGACUCUGAGAAGUACUCAAAGGCAUCCCAGUUUUCCACCAUCAUGCUGACCGGUCAUUUAUGUUGGAAUCAAAACGAAAUUCUUAAGCUGGUUUGGAGUUAUUUUACUGAACAGAACCUCUUCACUUUGAGCUACAGGGUGGUGGUUCUACCUCUGCAGGGCAGGGCUUUUGUCUUUUUCAGCAACUGGAAUGAAUGCACCAGGUUUGUCAACAAUCAAAUUGAAAUAAGUCAUUCCAAAACGCACAACGUCAGCGUCCACUUGGUGUUGGAGGACAUGAACCCUGGAUACUGUGAGGAGGACCUGUACAGAAAUCUGAUGAAAUGGAGCAAUGCUCAUGUGACGGAGACGGCGUCGCUGGAAGAUCGGCUCCUGUGUGUGGAGGUCACUGCGACAAACCCUGACCUGGCCAAAACCGUUCUGAUGCUUGUAGCAAGAAUUGCUCCUUUCAUCAACGCCCUUCCGCUUGGCAACAGGAUUUAUAUUGAGAUGGUUGACUCAGACGGGGCAGAGGAGGUCCUGAAGAAAGUAAACAUACCCGAAUUCUUUCAGAAAACUAACAAGGAGAGGAUCCUACUUAUUGAGUCACUAAAAAGCCGAAAACAGCGUCUAAAAGGCUGUGAAGGAAUCCCAGUGAACAUUGAUGACCUCUCGCAGCUGACGGCCAAACUCCACCCACAGCCUCCUGCUGUGGCCGAAGGACAACAGAGCAGCAGCGCCGCUGUGACAGUGGCGUCCGCCGGAGCCUCUGAGCUCCCCAGUUCCUCCACGUCUCUCGAUAAAAACAGCAAAGUGACGACAGAAGAGGACAGUGGGGUCCAGACUGUGACGAAUGUCGACGACGUUCCCCACAUAGACGAGAAGAGUUUCAGUGCAAUCAAAGCUGCUAUUCAGUUUUACAAACAGGCGCAAACAAACAAAGACAACCAAACGAGCUUCAACCAGACCCCUUUGGAUUCCUCCAAAGAUUCCUUAUCCGACGUCUCUGCUGCUGAUGAAGUUCAUGACACGCCUUCUGCUGAAAGCUCCUCCUCAUCUACGCAAACAUCCACGGAAACAAAAGAAGCCCAGACCGUUCACGUGUCCGUGGUUGCAAAUGAGGUUUCGACAAAGUCUCUGGAAGUCUCCACUUCAGCCACUUCCUGUUCUUCAGCGAGAAGCUCUCAGCCUCAGAGUGACCCUUCAGGGACAGUCCAAACAUCUUCACCAGCAUCUGCUGAUCAAAAGUCUCUUCCUCCUUCUACUUCCACAAAUCACAGCAAUUUAUCGCCAAAAUCUGUGACAGAAUCUGAGGAACCGUCGGAGGCAAAAGACCUCCUGAAGCUUGAUAACGGAGCAGAAGACAAAAGUUCUGCAGAAGGAAGAGCUCCAGAACUGGAGAAGAUGAACCAAACACCGAAUCUAGAGACCGGUUUGAAAAAAGAAACGCCUGAGGAGAGGAAGAAAACAAUAGAAGAACAAAAGGAUGAUGACCAUAAAUAUACCCAAACCUUGAGUUCAAUUAGUCCCCAAAAUAAUCUCAGCAGCACUGAGGCUGAAGACCAGAGACCACAGAAAGAUUUCCCAACCAGUAAAACACAGAUGGAACCUGAGAGGUCCACCAGAAGAAGAAGCUCCAGGCGAAUCCAGGAUACGGCGAUCGUCACAGAACCCACCACGUCCACCAUUUCUACCAGAAGCAGUACAAGGAGAAUGUCAGAGAAAAUACUGAAUGACAGGAAAGUAAAGACACCCCCCAAAAAAACACCAACCACCAGGAAGAGGUCUUCCAGUGGGGUCCCGGACUCUGAGGAUCUAGAUGUGAAGGAGGAGAAGAAGCCAACCCCAGCCAGACCAAGAGGACGUCCACGCAAGAGGAGAAGCCCGGCGGCAGCCGCUGGUGAAGCUGAGGAACCUGAGCAGAAGCGAUCUCGUCCCCCCAGUCCUGCGUCCAACCUUGAGCUGCCGCCGUAUGACCCCAAGACGCCGCAGGGUCAGCAGUUCGUGGAGUCAAAGUGGGGGUUCUUCUGCAAACUCUGCUCGGUUCCCUACCUGCCCGAGGCUCAACACUGCAGCUCUAAGGAACACUAUGACAACCUGCAGAAAUAUUACCAGACCAAACAGACCAGCUGAACCCAGCCGUCACGGAUCUCUUCGGUUUCUUUCAGGAGAAUAAAGACAGACGUCUCUAGAAUGUUAAACUUGUCCUGAUGGGGAUUCUUACCUAAAAACAGUGAAUGUAUUCUUUCUUGUGAAACAAUUUACACACUCGUGGUCACAUUUAUGUUUGUAUUAUGCAAUGUUUGGCAGUUUUUUUUUUGCCAACAAGAACCUUUUUUCUACAGUUUUUCUUAUAAAUCAUAGUUUUACAAAGUUGCUUUUUUAGGAAGGAUGUUAAUAGUUACUAAAAAAUGACGUUAAACCGAACCUGACAUGACCUGUUGUGUUAGCCGUUUGCUGUAAAUCAAAAUGUUAAGCAAAAAAUAAAGAUUGUGUUUGUGAUUGUUGUUGUUAAUAAAGCUUUUCUACUUUUUUCAGAAAUGU